GUACCAUUUACUUAUAGACGAAGUAAAAUAUCCGUAUGCAUUUUAUAUGUAACUUUCUCGUAGUGUAUUUACUAACUAUAUGGGUAGCUAUAAUUAGCUAUAGAGAAUCAGCAUCUAUCUCACGAUUUUCAUCUAUCCUUCUACUAUUUUUCACAAUAUGAUUUGUCGAUUCUUCUUUCUUUAUCGAUGUUCCUCUCUCUCUCUCUCUCUCUCUCUCUCUCUCUCUCUCUCUCUCUCUCUCUCUCUCUGUUGUUUUACUUACUUCUAUGUCGAGCUCCAUCAAUAAAAGGAUUUGGUUGGGUCACAUAAGGUGGCAUGAAAAUUGUUGCCCCUCGGUACCUCUCGCUGCUGCUGCCGCGACGAAGGAAGAAGGUGAUAGAGGUGGACAGGCAAGAAGAUCAUAAAUUGGAUUUCUGGGUUUUGUGGGAUGUUUUGGCUAGCUAUGGUCGCAUAUGAUUUUCAGUAGAUGUUCUAUGAGCUUUUUGUUUUGGUUAAUUUGCUGGAUGGAGAUUUGCUCGAUGAUAGGGUUAUCGGUGGAUUGAUCCUUAUGCAAAGGUUCAGAGGCAUUAGAUGUAGCUCUAUUUACAGAGCUAGAUUAAGGUGUGGUUUUUAGGAUCUUGAUCUUACUUUUAUUAGGCUCAUUUGAUUGGAUUUGUAAUUCAAUGAGACUAUUGACGUGAGUGGAAGUGGGAAGUUUACUAGGAUAUCUUCAAUCUUACUGUAUGAUCGUAAGCUGUUUUGCGAGUAUGUAAACCAAAUUGAUCUGCAUGUACAUAACCCCUGUUCAGUUUCUGAUGAGGACAUCAAGGGGCCCAUCACUCGGGCUAAGGCUAAGGCAUUCAAAGAGAAGUUUGCUACUUAUUUGGAGUGCCAUUUUCGAGACAUGGAUGUGGAGUUGCUGAAGUCCAAAGCAUAUAUGAUGAUUCGAGUGGAGGAAGAAGGAGGAAGUGCAGGAGAGAAGGCAGAUUGCAAGAAGAAGCCUUAACGGGUUUGCUUAAUGGGUCCAGCCUUAACGGGUUUGCUUAACGGGUUUGCUGGGCUAUUUUCGGGUUUCCUUGUUUUAAAGUCGGUUUAUGAUUGUUUUUCCAUGUUGGAAUCGGAUUUGGGUUGUACUUUGCCUAUUUAAAGGGUUGAACACGUUGGUUUUGGGGUUAGACAAUUAUCACCAAACUUCUGAUUUAUUCAAGGCUUUUGCCGAGUCCUCUUUGAGGUUUCUAGCCCUACUUUCUUCCAUUGAGUGAAUUCUAGAGAGAGCUAGAGCAAACUCUUAUCAAUCGGAUAUCCACUUCGAUUGUGGCGAGUUCUACCCCUUCCAAUUGCCCUUUACUUCUAGCUGGGAUUGUCCGAUUGGUUUGACAUACCAAUUGCCCCUUUCCACAAGCAAGUUCUGUCCGAUUGGAGUCCAUCUUUAUCCUUGUUCUUGUUCGAGUGAAAGCUGCGUGACUUUGAUUGCAUCAAGUGGUAUCAGAGCUCGGUUCAAGUCAGCGGCGGUUAUCUUGAUUCUUGACGGUUAUCUUGAGAUUCUUGACGGUUAUCUAGGGUUUCUUACCCAAAUCUUGGGUGUUCUUGAAGUUAUCUUGAAAAAGAACUUGGUUCUUGGAGCCUGAUCUUAUUUUCUUGUGCGGUUGGAGGCCUUUCUUGUGUCACAAGAUGGAGGAUAGAGUUGAAGCUUUAGCUACUCAAUUGGGGCAACUUCUGCAAGCCCUAAAAUUCAAAGAGCCGAGAACAAUGAGAGGAUGGCAGUUAUUGAAGCUCGAUUGCAAGCACCUCAACCACAACUUCAAGUGGAAGCAAACCCGAACCCUAGGGUUCAACGAGAGGACAGAAGAGAAAAUCGAGCACCCCCACCAUUGUUCCAUGAAGUGCAACGCAACCAAGCAAAUAGAAGGGUGGGAUUGCCGCGAGCAGUAAAAAGAGAACGAAGACCUCUUCGUAAUGAAGGGUUCGAGGGGUUUGAAGAGGAUGAGGAUGAGUUCGGGCAAGAAGAAGAAGAAGAUUUCCGAAAUUUGAAGAUUUCCAUUCCUCCUUUUCGUGGUACUAUAAACCCUGAUCAUUGGCUUGAUUGGGAGAGGAAGGUGGAGCUGAUUUUUGAUUGUCACCGUUAUUCCGAGAAGAAGAAGGUGAUGCUUGCUGCCCUAGAAUUCUCGGAGUAUGCUCUUAUUUGGUGGGAUCAAUUGAAUACGAAGAGAAGAAGAAACAGGCAGCGACCUAUUGAGACUUGGUACGAGAUGAGAAGCAUUAUGAGAGAGAGGUUUGUGCCUAGCUAUCAUCAAAGGGAGAUGCACCAGAUGUUACACCCCGACUUUUGGGUUCAGGUUCGACUUUAACUGAUAAAAGGUUGAAUUAACGGUUACGUACGAAGGGUCACAAUUUUGAGUUAGGAAUAAUAAUAAUUAUUUAAAGGAGGAAAAAAAGGGAAUUUUAACCCUAAUUAACCCCACCCCACUCUCGGCACCAUUAAGAGGAGCCAAAAAAAUUUUCUAUCUUCCUUCUGCCGCUCAAACAACUCUUCAAUUCCCUUCCCUCACGAUUGAACUAAACCCCGGUCAUGUAUCCAAGGGUGCAAGCGAUCUCUUUGUGGAUCAUAAAAUUGGAGAGGCUUUUCAUUUUUGGGGCAGGAAGCAUGCCACUUCUCGUGACGGUGGUCCUUGUUCGAUAGCAUAAGGAUUUGGUGCAGGGGAAGAGCGAGGAUGACGGCGCGGGGACAACGAUGGAGGGAUUUACUUGGAACCGUUGGGAAGAAUUUGAGUCGAGGGACCGGAAUUGUUGGUAAGGGGAGAAGCAGCCUGGCACGGAAUUAUUUUGGCAUGAAGUGGAAGGACUUGAUUCAGGUAAGGACCCAUUUCACCCUCCAUGUUAGUAGAGAUCGGAUUGAUUGGUGGAAUGCCUACCUACGUCGGACGUGGCUGGGAUUUGUGCAGGGGUUGUGGUGGUUGUAUCGAAAGAUCAACUACGACUAAAUUGAAGAGCAGAUAGGUGAGUGCUUAUGUUUUCGAUUUCAAUAUAAGUGUAGGUUAGUUGCUAGGGAGCGGAAUAUGUCAUAUGGCGUGGAGCCUUGGUUGCUUGGGUUGUUGUGGAUAAAUACAAGGGCUGGGUGGUUGAUGAGUAAAGCAAGAACCUGUAUAGGAUUAUAUAACUACACGUGCAUGCUUGUAAGGCGAGCUCAGUUGGUGCAUGUUCUAUGAAUAAUUGGAACCUAUAUAGGAAUCGAAGGAAUUGGACACAUAUGGGACAAAAAGAUGAUUAAUUACUUAAAUAGCCAUGCUGUGAAGGUUCUAGGUGUUCGUUUUAGAAGUAAAUUGUGAGGAAGUGGGAUUGGUAACUAGGAUUGGGCAGGUUCUCGAGAACUAAAAAACUAUCGGUAGGUUUAGACGAUAUGCUUAAGUUGGUUAUGGCCGAUGGGUGGUUGUUAGCUAAUGGAUUAUUUUUCUACGAGGAGUAACUAUUGGUACGCCGUGUGAGUACACAAUGAAGAAGAUGGAACGAUGCAGAGCAUCAGGCAAGCCGGUUGGAUGCGUGAACUGAGAUUUUUAAUUGGUUAAGGUGAGUGUAAAGGGGGUAAAUUCUACGCCUUACGUAUUCUUUUAAAUAUUAUGAUUUUAAGUAUUUUAGCGAAUUGGUUAUCGUUGCUUGGUUAUGUGUCUGAUUGAUUAUUUGUGCUUUGCUUGAGUUAUGGUUUCAGAUGAUUUUGUGCUAUUUGAGGUGAUUUUGUUUGAGCUAUGCUUGAGGUGAAUGUUUAUUAAUUACUUUGAAAUUUUUACGAGUAUAAGUUAUUAUUAAAGAGUAAGAAACAAGUUUUUUUUUUUAAAAGUAACUCACCUUCAAGAAGGUGAAGUCGUUUUAAGUGUUUUUAGUCACUAGCGCCAGUCCGUUGCCUUUUGAGACAGUUUGAGAUAGAGCAGCAGUUAUGCUCUUGUGAUUUUUAAGAUGGGCAGCAGUUAUGCCCUUGAGAAUCGUGGUGAAGAGCCACCACGAUAAGUUUAAGAUGUUAGGGGGAUGAAUCGUUACGACUUCCCUAACUAAGUUUAAGUUUAAGGAAAGCCUGAAUGGCUUCUCAUACGUAUGAGUUGGCAACCGGACUAGCUAGUGAGGGAUCCCAGUGUCAGUCAAGUAUUUAAGUCAAGCUUUGAGAUUUAAGAAUGGUGUAACAGUAACUCCCAUACAGUUUUAAGAGUUAAGCUUUUCGAUAGUGGAAGUACAAAACAACUUCCACACAGUUAAGUAAAGUGCUCAAGUUUUAAUAAGAGGUUAAACGUAAG